UUUGUCUCGCGAGAGUUGGUAGGGCUGCUGCUGUAGAAAUAAAACCUUCUGCUGGCUUUCACUUCUUGUCAUUCUGCUUCUUGUCACUUUAACGUUAAGUUCUCUGCUGAAACUGAAACGCUGUUCAACGGAUGAAGACCGAGCGCUUCGUAGACAGCCGAAAAUCCAAUCCCAGCAUGAUGAGACCAAACUUGGUUGUGCCAAUGUUUUGAGAGUUCUGUGGUUACAGGAAUGAGCUCUGCUCUCCGACAAAGGAAUCCUCACAGGACCUGUCGCACCAUUUUGGAAGUUCCUUCAGAACUUCACAAACCUGUUUCAGGUGACAAAGCUUCCCUCUUGCAUGGUAAAGGAACCAUGGUGUCUCAAGAGCUGAAUUCUGCAGAAUCACGUGUACGGAGAUCAACCAAGAAAGAGAAACAAAAUGCUCUUCCUGACCUGUCAGCUUGUUUACAGAAAUCAGCACAUCAACUAAAUGGACUGGUGUCUUCAAAGUCACAUGAACUUGAGGCGAUGGUGCUUCAAAAAAUGACCACCCCCAAAUGUCGAUCAGAGACAUUAAUAAUGUCUCGUAAGGGAAGAAAAAAUAAAGUCGUUCAACCCAGUGAGAAAGAAGAAGCUGCUAGCAAAGCUUGUUCAGAUGAACUGGGCCAUUCUGAACACAACUCUUGUCCAGAACAACACUUACGCUCUCAAAAAACAAAAGGGACAUGUUAUCAGCACUCUAAAAAAACUCAAAACAGUCGGACCCCCUCUGAUGUUUCUACAGGGCUUCACACAUGUACUACAUCUCCUCUUCAUGACGAGGAGAUCUCCUCCUGCCACACUAACGGUGAUUGUAGCUUUAUACCACGCACCCCGAAACGGGGCAGGCCCCGGAAAAGGCCUCUUUUCAGCUCCACACCGACCUCAGACUUCCAACCCCUGUCUCCAAAAAAAUCUAAGAAUCGUUGCACACAACAUAGUCAUCAGAAUGAAAAAGAGUCCAGUCGAGUAAAGACGCCUCCUACAGACGUUACGCCGUCUAGACCUCAGAGGCUCAUGGCAGCAGGGAGGCCAAGAGGUCGCAAGAAAAAGAACGUGAAGAAACAGCUAAUUGUCUCUCCAUCAGUGAAACAAUGCAGGAAGAGGGCAACAUCUGAUCUAGAAUCUCCUCAGGAAGAGCCAGCUGUUGAGAUGCUGCCUCCAAAUGAAGCUCACGUUGAAACCCACAUGCCAGAGCCACAGGAAUCAGAUCAAAACAUGUCCUCUGACCUCUCCAUUGAGCUCAGUCUGCAAGAGAAGCCUCAUCCUCUUAACAGCUCUCUCUUCAUGGAGGAAGAGGACCUAGACGACGAUGAUGAGGAGCUGCCCAGCUUUUUGCAACAGGACAAUAAAAAGCCUUUGUCAAUCUCAGAGGGACUUUGCGUGUGGUGCAAACUGAGGAAAUAUCCCUACUGGCCUGCAGUGGUUAAAAGUGUGAAUCACAAGAAUAAAAAAGCCAGCAUUGUAUUUAUUGAUUGUUACCUAAUCGACCAGAAGAGAAAUAGAAAAGGGUUUUCUGUUUCCCUGCGAAACUUAAAACCUUUUGAUUGUGAAGAAUGUGAACAUUUGGUGGACAUUGCAAAAGAGAGGUUUGGCAAUGCUGUUACCUGGUCUCUGGAACUGAUAUCAGACUAUAGGAUCCGCAUUGGAUGUGGAUCCUUCUCUGGCUCCUUCAUUGAAUACUGUGCUGCUGACAUCAGUUGUCCAGUGCGGAGGCAGUACUCCGAGGGGAAAUCUGUGCUCACCUUCCCCAGUCAGGGGAUUCUGGGUGUGCAGUGUGACAGCUCUGAAAAUAACACUGAGGACAUCAUCGUGGAAGAGCAAGAUGAGCUUCUCUCCAAGAAAGUGCUGCCCGACCGAUCCAAGGCUGCACGGAACCGUGCCAACAAGCAGUUGGUUGACUUCAUCAUCAGACGAAAAGUUGAAAACCGCUUAUUGGCAGUCAUUAGCGGUCGUGAGUCCUCUAAAUGGAUGCAUGCCCUCCAGAAGCCUUCUCCCCCAGUGGUUGAUGUCUACCUGGAAGAUGAGGAGCAGGUUGAUGAGGUUUACCGCUACCUGACCAAAGUCUGUGAUAGUGCCCCUCAAAUAAACACCUGUCUUGAAAACAUCCAGGCCGACCGGAUACGCCUUAUUCUUGAUGUGCUUCUGCCUGAGGCCAUAAUCUAUGCCAUUGCUGGAGUCCACAAGCUUUCCCUGGAGUUGGCAGAGGAGAAGUAUCGCAGAGGGCCGUGCUUUAGUAACAGAGAAAGACAGGAGUUUGACAUGAUGAUUGAACAGCAGGUGAAGCUCAAGGAAAUCACCCGGCAUCAUAUGCAGUGACGGCCCCUCUAUCUUAAAAAAGAAAUUAACUUUUAUCAAUUCUGUUCAUAUUUUUAUGAAUAGGAAUGUUUUCUUCAAUAUAUUGUCUUUCUAAUCAUAGUGUAUAAAAAAAAAUAUUGAAUGAUGGUUGAAUUGAAUGAUUGUUCAUGGCAAAACAGAUUUUACUGUUGAUUGUAAAUUAAUCUGAUGUUAAGUGUUUUUUUUUUUUUUUUUAAUCAAAUCUUUGAGACUUUAUAAGCUGAACAGUAUAUCUGUGAUGCUAAAGUCAGCAAAAUAUGGUGCUUUUAAUGUGUGCAGUGUAUAAUAAGUAAGUGCCUUGUGCUAAUACACAAAUACAUAAUUUUAAAAAUAAUGUAAUAUUCCUCAGAUUAACUAAAACCACACGUGGUUGCUUCUUGUUUUGAAAAUGCUUAAGUGUGUCUUUGGGUGUUUGUAACUCUUACUGAACCCUGUCAAGCUGCAUUUACCAGAGGUGGGACCAAAUAAUUGUUUUGCAAGUCACAAGUAAGUUUCGAGUCAAGACAUGUCCCGAGUCAAGGCAGGCAAAUUCAAGUCGAGCUGCAAAUCCUCAACUUUAAGAUUCAAGUCUUAACUCAUUAGUGCUUUUUGCCCAAAUUAGUGUCUCAGUAUUAUUUACCAUAUCAAAAUUUAUAUCAGGAAUGCAGGUGGAAUAUGUUUGACAUAGCAGGUGCCCUUAGUAAAACUACUCAAGUUCAAUUUAGGGACCUCACUAAUUUCCAAAGCCUGGCUACGGCCAUGGUCCACACCCCUGGCAUUUACAAUCCACACGGCUGAUGUCUUUAAAAAAUGUUGCCUUUUUUAGCCACCUUACAAUUUACGGUAAUGUUCUGUGCAUAGAAGCUUUUUCUACACCGAUGUACGAGAAGAUGCCAAAGUUGUUGCAUUUUACUGCAACUGAAUUCUGGUCUAAUGUACAUAAAAAUUUCAUUCAGGACUUUGCAAUUGAUGUUUAUCAAUAAAUCUUUAUUUUUCAAUACAUUA